CGCGACGGCUAUAGCACGGGGAGAGAGACCGUGAUCGUGGUGGACCAGAACUCGCUGUUUGAGGUAGUUGGAGUACGGCAUCGCGAAACUGAGGACGCGGAACAGCAAGUCAACGCUUUCAUACAGGUGCAACGGCCGACGCAACGGUUAAACGGUUAAACGGCGUACCGGAAACGGAUAAACGGUACAACGGCGAACGCCGUUCAACGGUUAAACAGU